CCGCUGCUCUGCCCUGCAGAUGGGAGCCAUCGGGAAGCUCUCGGACGACAUGCGGCGGCACUUCCGCAUGAAGCUUCGGAACCUGUUCACCAAGUUCAUCCGCAAGUUCGGGUUCGAGCUGGUGAGGAAGCUUCUGCCAGAGGAGUACCAGAAAGUCCUGGUGAACAUCCGGAAAGCAGAGGCCCGGGCCAAGAAACACCGGGCCCUGAACCAGGCCGCAGUGGAAGAGGAGGUGGAGGAGGAGGAGCCCAUCCAGGGCAAAGGCGACAGCAUCGAGGAGAUUUUGGCUGACUCAGAGGAUGAGGAGGACGAGGAGGAGGAGAGGAGUCGGGGCAAAGAGCAGCAGAGGCUGGCCCGCCAGAGGAGCCGGGCGUGGCUGAAGGAGGGUGGCGGGGACGAGCCCCUCAACUUCUUGGACCCCAAGGUGGCCCAGCGAGUCCUGGCCACCCAGCCUGGGCCGGGUCGGGGCAAGAAGAAGGACCAUGGCUUCAAAGUGAGCGCCGACGGCCGGCUGAUCAUCCGUGAGGAGGAGGAUGACAACGCCAAGAUGGAGGAAGAGGAAGGCGCUAAAGGGGAGGAUGAAGAGAUGGCUGACCUGAUGGAAGACGUGGGCGUCAGGAGUAAAAAGCACCAGAAGCUCAAGCAGAAAGAGGCUGACAAUGAGGAGCUGGAGAUGCCCCCUCAGUACCAAGCGGGAGGCUCUGGCAUCCAUCGCCCUGUGGCCAAGAAGACUACCCCCGGGGCCGAAUACAAGGCCAAGAAAGCAAAGGGUGACGUGAAGAAGAAAGGUCGGCUCGACCCGUAUGCCUACAUCCCCCUCAGUAAAACCAAGCUCAACCGCAGGAAGAAGGUGAAGCUGCAGGGACAGUUCAAAGGCCUGGUGAGAGCUGCCCAGCGGGGCUCCCAUGUGGGACCCAAGCUCCGCAGAAAGGAUCAACGGCCCUGAGCCUCGGGACCCCCCGGGCUGCUCUGUGGUCCAGUCUGAGGCCCCUUUUUAGCCCCCAAGCUGCCGUGACGUCAGCUCCAGAUGCAGCAGUCAGUGGGAGAGCCUGGCCUCAGAAUGACUUUUUGGAACCAGGACUGGUUCCUGGAGGUGCCCUGGAUUUUGGAAGCUCCAAAUGGGAGUCACCCUUUAGAGUCCCUGGGGCCUGGAGAUGGGAAUGUGGCCUCAGUGCCUCUGAGCAGGCUAGCGAGGCGGCUGUGCUUUCCAUCCAGAGUGUUUGCAACAGAAGAGAUGGUCUUCCUUUCCUCUGGCUGCCUGUCGCCACGUGGCACUCUGCCUGGCUGCAGUCUGGCUGUGUGAGAUUUGCUGUGAUCAGACGUAGAAUAAAGAUGCAACACCAUGUGUUGUACCUAGAAACUCUGUGUUUUAUCACCUGCCCCACCCAGGUACAAGAACAGUGUCUGGUCAUUGGCAACAGUGGCUUGACCACUUCCUCUCCUGUCCCAGUGUGCUGUCAGGGGCGCAUAGCAUGAUAACCCUGGGUCAGGCUUUGGAUCUUGCCCUUUGUGUCUUUUUAAAAAAAUUUCUUUAUUAGAGUAUAAUUGCUUUACAGUGGUGAAUCAGCUAUACCUAUACAUAUAUCCCCAUAUCCCCUCCCUCUUGCGUCUCCCUCCCCCCACCCAUCCCACCCCUCUAGGUGGUCACAAAGCACUGAGCUGAUCUCCCUGUGCUAUGCGGCUGCUUCCCACUAGCUAUAUAUUUUACAUUUGGUAGUGUAUAUAUGUCCAUUGCCACUCUCUCACUUUGUCCCAGCUUCCCCUUCCCCUUCCCCGUGUCCUCAAGUCCAUUCUCUAUGUCUGCAUCUUUAUUCCUGUCCUCCUAGGUUCUUCAGAACCAUUUUUUUUGUUUUUAGAUUCCAUAUAUAUGUGUUAGCAUACGGUAUUUGUUUUUUUCUUUCUGACUUACUUCACUUUGUAUGACAGACUCUGGGUUCAUCCACCUCACUACAAAUAACUCAAUUUCGUUCCUUUUUAUGGCUGAGUAAUAUUCCAUUGUAUAUAUGUGCCACAUCUUCUUUAUGCCCUUUGGAUCUUGACCCACCUGCGUCAGGAGGUCUCCCUGACUUCACAGUCCCAGUUAGAAGGUGAUGUUUGGAGCACCAGGAGGGGCAGCAAAUGCCCCGGGGCUGGUCUGUGGAGCUGUGGUUGAGCACCAGAGACUCGGACUAAAAAGGGGAGACAGGGCAUCCCUGGUGGUGUAGUGGUUAAGAAUCUGCCUGCCAAUGCAGGGGACACGGGUUCAAGCCCUGGUCUGGGAAGAUCCCACAUGCCCGUGCGCCACAACUACUGAGCCUGAGCUCUAGAGCCCGCGAGCACAACUACUGAGCCCACACACCGCAACUACUGAAGCCUGUGUGCCUAGAGCCUGUGCUCCGCAGCAAGAGAAGCCACCGCAGUGAGAAGCCCGUGCACCGCAACGAAGAGUAGCGCCUGCUCACCGCAACUAGAGAAAGCCUGCGUGCAGCAGCAAAAACCCAAUGCAGCCAAAAAUAAAUUUUUUUUUUAAUAAAAAUACAAAGGGGAGACAGCCGACUGAGAGCUGCAGCACUGGCUGACCCAGGGCACAGGUUUCUCCCAGAAGCUUUGUUCACUGAAUCAACGGACUGUUUACUGAGCCCCUCUGUGUGCCCAGUGCAUGCAGCCUGAUCACCCAACUUCCUGAUCUUCACAUUCUCUUUUUUCCCAGACAAGUUGUGGUACAAAGAGCAAUGUGAUUCCUACUGUCCAGCUUUUGUUGGUCUGGAGCAGAGAAGGGAUUGGUGCAGAGCUCCCAUUGCUCCUAAGAUCAUUUGUCCCAUCAUCCCAGGGAACCCCUUGUGUGUGCUUUCCCAGCAGGAAUCAAGAAGCAAAGAACCGCAGGGCUAUUUCCCACCCCCAGGUAUGCUUGUCCCCUGGCACUGGAUUGAUAAUUUUUAUUAUCUCAAAAUCUCCCCAUUUGAAAUGGCUCCCAGGAGGCCCUGUGCACCAUUCCACUCACCCUCUAAGGGGACACAAGUCAACUUGAUCAGUUGCCCCCAAAUUAGGGCAUUUUCUCCUGCUGAUUUUGGGCUAGGAAGCUGAGAGGAACCACACUCCGCCCAGAGGUGGCGCUGUUGACAUGCCUUGUUCACAGGAAGUCUGAAAUUUGAGAGCAAGCAAGAAAAGUCAAAAGAGGUGGCUAUUAGAUUUGCAAAGGUGGUGCAACCGUGACCCCCUGUCGUUACACUUCUGGACACAAGGUAGGUCAAAUUAAGCUAGCCUCGCCCUUUCCUGUUUCCUUUCUUGGGAAAUGUAAGCACAUGCAGUAGGAAGCUUCAUGUAAAAUAAGUAUGGGUGGGAGCCAACUGCCCAGGAUCGAUGUCAAAAUUUUGAAGCAACUUGCUUAUUAUGGCGUAUUUUCCGAGGAGCUUUGUUUCUUUCAAAGGUGGGAGGGGCGGGUGACCUAGAAAGGUUUGUGUUAGUGAUGUGUUGAACUCCAUAUCCUUUGGGAAGUAGGUUUCAAAUGCAAAUUAUCUUGAUGCAGAGGCAAGAAUUAAUCUGCUCCAGAAACUUGCAGGUGCUUGAAACAUCUGUUAGGAAAGUCAGUGCCGCUUUUGUUUCUACAGUGGGAUGGAGGGGAAUUGGGCGUAUUCAUCAGCUCGAGACUCGUUUGAUUUCAGGGCAACUAGAAUGGUGGAGGGCCUCCACCAAGAUCCAGAUUUACUACUUUAAUUUCGUUAUGCUUUUGGCAGUGUCAGAAUCUGAGACUUGAGGCUUUCUUUUCUGGGGUCCAUCCUCAGAAAUGGAAGACAAAGCAUACCCGCCCUGGCUGCACCAAAACAGCAACCCUUGUGCUGGUCGAGGAUUUGGCAUCAUGCUGGGGAUUUGCAAAGGCAAUCUGCUCAUGUCCCCCAUCAUCAUGACGCUUCUGGACACAGGUGGGUCAAGUUAAGCCAGCCCUCCCCCUUCUUGGGAAAUGUUGCUUCUCAAGAUGGCAUAAGCAGGCCUGAUGGUGGCUGUCCCCCCAGUUCGUUCCUGGCAUUGGCUGUCUUAUUAGGUCUUUGGCUCAUCUGCAAGCCUGCCUCAGUCCACAUGUUUGAUCCUGUGUUUUCUCUGUUGUUUGCAACAAGUCGGAAAAUUACUUAAAAACGUUUAAGUAGUCUCUGUUUUCAUUCAUCUUGGUUGCAUACGUUUCUUCAAAAGGUAACUUUGAAAAUUAGAAUGUAUUCUGUAUUUUACUUAAAAUUAAUAAAGAUUUGGGAAUUCCCUGGCGGUCCGGUGGUUAGGAUUCCAUGCUUUCACUGCUGAGGGCCUGGGUUCAAUCCAUGGUCGUGGAACUGAGAUCCCACAAGCUGCACGGUGUGGCCAAAAAAAAUUAAAAAUAAAAAAAAAUAAAGUUUCACAGAACGUUUGAAAAAAAAAACAGAAAAGUGAAAAACGGGCUAGAAUCUUUGCACCAAAUUCUCACUGUUAAUCCUAUAUAUUUCACCUCUGUUUUCUUUUUCUAUACACAGGGCUUUUUUGGAUACAAAAAUAGAGUUUUAAAUUACAAGAUUAUAUUCUAAAUUUGCAUUUGGCUAUCACAAAAUUUUUACCCUACUGAUGUAUAAACACUUCAUAAACAUGUUUUCAAUGUCCUGGCUUAAACAUCUGCCCAGUAGAUGUAGCUCAGUUUACUUCGAAAGGAUCUUUGAGUCCAUAAGUAUGUUGCUCCUUGAUGUAUGCAGGAGUUUAAUGCCAUCACUAGAUGCUGGAUCAUGUGCAAAGCAAUAUUUAGAAAAUGACAUGAUGACUGCUCUUUGUUCUUUUUUUUUUUUUUUUUUUUUUUUUUGCCGUACUCGGGCCUCUCACUGUUGUGGCCUCUAUAGCUCAUGAGCCCAGCCACUGCGCGGCAUGUGGGAUCUUCCCGGACCGGGCCACGAACCCGUAUCCCCUGCAUCGGCAGGCAGACUCUCAACCACUGCGCCACCAGGGAAGCCCUGUUCUAUUUUUUGGUAUACAUUAUUAUGAAUGGGUAGAUGACUGUACUCCAGAAAAGCACCCUGAUUUGGGGCUUUUCUGGCUCGCCAUUUCCUGAAAUCGUGCUUAAUGUCACUGCUACCAUUAGAAAUAUUUACCAGGCUCCCAAUGAAGGGGACCUAGUUUCGAUCCGUGGUUGGGGAACUAGAUCCUCCAUGCCGCAACUGAGACCCGGCGCAACCAAAAUAAAUAAAAUAAAUAAAUAAAUAUGUUUUGAAAAGAAAGAAAAAAUAUAUAUAUUUAUCAGGUUGUUAGAGGCUGGCUGAGUCAUCCAGGCCCAGGGUUGCAGUGCCGGAAGGUUUUCUUCCAUUUGGGGCUGUGGUCAGUAAUCUGUAAGUAUUGAUUAAGAAAGUGGGUGAAGGUGUGGUGGCCUGCCACUGCAUGCGCAGGCUGCAUGCACAUCCCCAGGUGAGGUCUGGAUAUCAGCUUUGCAAACCUAAAAUCAGAGUUGAUCGUGUUCAGAGAAGAAGAAAUAGUCUCACAAGAGUCCUAGUCAAAUUUGCCAUUUAUUAGUUCGUAAUGAAAAAUAUAAGUGCAGGCCUAGUCAAAUUUGCCAUUUAUUAAUUUGUAAUGAGAAAUAUAAGUGCUACAGCGCCAGAGACUUGGUGUCAUGGUGACUGCUCCGUUCAUACGGUCCCCUGCAAAGGGAGUCAAAAUCAGAGGCUUUAGUGAGCGUGAAACUGGGCAAAGGGAAUCACGUUGAGUGAUAUGUUAGUAAUGUCAUGUGGUAGGAUGGCUGUCCUUGGUGUAUGAGAUAUACCUUGCCCACUGGGUCCCUCUCUGUUCUGGUUACUGUUGCAGAACAGGCCUAAGGUCUAUGGUACCUUCUAGGUUCUUUGGAGCCACUUACCUGCUGUCCAGAAGCUUUUCUGAGAUUUCAUUUGGCUCCUGCUUUCUUCACGUGCAGGCAUGCCUGGAUCGCAUUUCCAAGCCCAAGCAGGGAGGCAUCCUGUUCCCUCUGGGGCCUUGUGCAGAUAACUUAUCCUGUCCAUCAUGUGUGGACCUGAAGAGUUUGACUUCUAGAGGGCAGCUUGAUUUCCAAAUUCCGGGGAUGUCACCCUGUAGAUCCAUAGGUACCGAUUACAGAGCUGAUACAAGUUUAGGCUAGAAUUUCAGAGAGGACCUGAGGCACCGCUGACAGGCAGAUGGGUUUGUGAACCAUGCCAGGAAUAGUCCAUACAGUCCUUAUGGCUCCUCUGUAGGUCUUGCAAGAUCUUCAGAAGUCUUGCUUUGCACCAGAAUGGUUGCUAUGCCGUAGAUCUUGGACUUGAGGCAACUGAGCCUGAAGUACAUCCACAGCCACUAACCCCGGGACCAGCCUUCUGUUGAGGGGGUGGAGUCGGCCUGCAAGUCUUUUCUUUCUUCCUUUCCAUCAUUUUCUUCAUACACCUGCACUGUGCAUUUACUCUGAGCAAAGGACUUCCUUCCUCUACAAAAACGUUUUGGGAAGCGUGGGAGAUACAGUAGUACGCAAAGCAGACAGGAACUUUGCCUUCACAAAGUUUAUGAGGAGGGGACAGACAAAAUAAAUAUAAAGCACAAGGGGACUUCCCUGGUGGUGCAGUGGUUAAGAAUCCGCCUGCCAAUGCAGGGGACACAGGUUCGAGCCCUGGUCCGGGAAGAUCCCACAUGCCGCGGAGCAGCUAAGCCCGUGUGCCACAACUACUGAGCCUGCGCUCUAGAGCCCGCGAGCCACAACUACUGAGCCCAUGUGCCACAACUACUGAAGCCUGCGUGCCUAGAGCCCGUCCUCCGCAACAAGAGAAGCCACCACAAUGAGAAACUCACGCACCGCAACAAAGAGUAGCCCCUGCUCGCCAAAACUAGAGAAAGCCCGCGCACAGCAACGAAGACCCAACACAGCCAAAAAUAAAUAAAAUAAAUAAAUUUAAAAUAAUAAUAAUAAUAAUAAUUGAGCCUUUAGAUAACUCCUCUAGAUGGAGGAAGCAGCAAGAGCAAAGGCCCUGAGGUAGGCAUGUGCUCGGGUUAUUCAAAGAAAAGUGGUUGGAGUUGAGAGUAAGAGGGAGAUGAGCUGGCGUAGCGUCUUAUAGGCCACUGUAAGGACUUUGACUUUUUCCUCGCAGUGGAAAGGGGAGCCAUUGGAAAGAUGGUGAACAUAGGGGUCACAUGAUCUGGAGUGGCCAUCAACUGAGAUGGGAAAGACUACAGAUGAAGCAUUUGGGAGCUGGAGAGUCAGGAGUUCAGUUUUAGACAUAAUUGAGUUUGAGAUGGCUAUUAGACGUCCAAAUGGAGAUGGAGCUGCUUUAGCAACUAGAUAUAUCAAUCUGGAGCUCAGAGGAGAGCUCCCAGGGUAGGUGUAUUCAUUUGGGAACAUGUGUGUGUCUGUCUGUUUCAAGCAAAUAAACUGGGAUAUCAACAAGUGGGUGAGUAUAGAUAGAGAAAACACAUCUAAGGCUAAGCUUGGAACACUCCAACAUUAAGGGCAGACAAGAACAGCCAGUGAGGUAGAAAAAAACAAACAAGACAAAACAAAAUAAAACACAAAACAUGAGAACAUGGUAUCCUAAGUGAAGAUAACAUUUCAAGGAAAAAGAGGUUAUUAGCUGCAUCAAAUAUGCUGAAAGUUCAAGUAAGGUGAGGAUUAUUGGAUUUAGUAACAUGAAGAUCAUUGGUGAGGAGUUCUGUAGCAAUUCAGUCCAAAAUUCUCUGACGUUCAACUAAAAAAAGUAGGAUGCUGUGUAUAAGAUAAAUGAGCUACAAGGACAUAUUGUACAGCACAGGGAAUAUGGUCAAUGUUUUAUAAUAACUUUAAAUGGAGUAUAAUCUAUAAAAAUUUUGAACUGCAAAAAAAAUUCUGAAUAGCUUUAUAACUAUUUAAAAAGUUGGAACUCCACAAAGAAAACUCCUGGUCCAGAUGGCUUCACCAGCAAAUAUUUAAGAAUAAAACUACAUCAAUCUUGCACAAAUUCCUUCAUACGGUAGAUAAAAGGGAACGUUCCAACCCAUUUUAUGAGGCUAGCAUGACCCUGAUUUCAAACUCUGUCAAGAACAUUAUAGGCAUACCUUGGAGAUAUUUCAGGUUUGGUUCCAGACCACCACAAUAAAGCAAAUACUAUUGCAAUAAAGGGAGUAACACAGGGGAAUUCCCUGGCUGUCCAGAGGUUAG